AUGACGGACAUCAAAGAAGAUCAGCAUUUGAGUUCGACUUGCAGUCAUCUGGAGGAUAUGCCCGAGGCUGACGAGCGUGCUAUCGCCUCAGUGCCAGACCUGAAAUCGGUCACAGAGGAGAACGUGAAUCAUCCUCAACAAUGGUCCCUGACUGCCAAACUUUCGACCUACCUGACGAUAUGCUCCUUUACUUUCUUGGCGAAUGUCAACUCCAGCAACUUCACGGUCGCAACUCAAGCGAUUAUCCACGAAUUUGGCGUCAAUCAGACCCAGGCGGGGCAGCUGGUGUGUUUCAAUGUCUUCCUUUUUGGCGUGGGCAACAUUUUCUGGGUGCCGCUGAUGCGCGUCAUCGGCAAGCGCCCGGUCUACCUGGUGGCUAUGCUGGCCCUCUCGAUGAUGAAUGUAUGGUCGAGUCAAGCCACCAGCUACAACGAAUUGCUAGCAUCACGAAUUCUUUCCGGCUUCGUUGCCGCAGCUGCUGACGCUACAGUGCCUGCAGUGGUUGCAGAUCUGGUGCCUGCCAGAGAUCGCGGCCACUACAUGAUGUUUUUCCACCUGGCCAUGACUGCGGGCCUAUUCGUUGGCCCGCUGAUCAAUGCUUACCUCGUGCAGGAACAGAACUGGCGUUGGAUGUGUUACUUCUUGGCUAUCGCUGUCGGGAUAGUCUUUCUGAUUGCCAUUUUUACCAUCCGAGAGACUACUUUCCUGAGGAAAACUGAUACCGAUCCCUCACACAAAAGAUCUCAAUGGCAGUGGAUGUCCUUGACGGUGGGAUUCAAUCGAGAUGCUUCAUUUGUUCAAGCUCUGAAUAUUGUGGUGCAGCUUACAUCCUCUCGCACCUUCACGAAGCCGCCUUACAACUGGGAGCUUGGUGACCUUGGGCUUCUCUCACUCUCCGGCUUCAUUGGAUCGCUACUUGCGUUUUACUUGGGCGGACGACUGAUUGACAUCAUCUCCAACCGAAGCACCGCCCGACAUGGAGGUACUCGUGCGCCAGAGUAUCGACUUCCUGCUAUUGUGAUCCCCGGAACACUGGGACCGGCCGGAAUCUUGAUCUUCGGACUCUGCGUCGCGCACAAGACUCAUUGGAUCGGGCCUGCCGUCGGAUACGCUAUGCAGGCAUUUGGCGUAGCCGCUAUUUCGAACGUCGCGGUGACAUAUGCGCUGGACUGCUAUAAACCGGUGACUGGAGAGGCAUUGGUCAUCAUCUUCGUUAUCCGCAACACCAUUGGCAUGCUUUUGUCUCUUUAUGCUGCAGACUGGAUCGAAAGACAAGGCACAGCUUCGGUGUUUGGCGAGAUGACAGCCAUUCAAGUGGUGAGCAUUCUUUUUGCCAUUCCGCUCUACUUCUGGGGACGGUCUCUGCGAUCUUUUACGUCUAGUUAUGGGCCGAUGAAAAGGUUUCGAGAUGCUUGA